GGGCAGCAAUACGACGUGGCUGCGUCUAGUCUGCCAAGUUAAAAAAAAGCAGAAGAAGGUAUUUUGUCCAGAAUACUGUGCCGUAGUUUUGCCGCAAAACAACGGUGGCUGUCGCAACAUUUAGUCCAGCAUCAGAGGUCACAACAAGCCGCUCAGCAUGGGAGGUGACCAUGGCCACAACAAGAUGUCCAUGCCAGACUGGCGGCAGUGGAAAGCAGAGGGAACACCACUGGAGUUCACACAGCAGAGGCUGGCAGCCAGGGGACUCAAGGAUCCAUGGGCACGUAACGAGGCUUGGAGAUACUCAGGCGGCUUUGCCCGUGCUGUGACUCUGUCUGAUGUGCUGCUGAGAGGAUUCAAGUGGGGCUUUGCUGCUUUUACUGUUGCUCUGGCUGUCGAGUACGCCCUCUUCCCACCAAAGAAGGGUGGCCACUAAUCGUCGUUGUCCCUCAAAGCCUAGUCCAUAAUGGAGUCUAAUAAUAUUCUAUAUUUUCUGUUUAUUAAAUAUCUUUUUGAUCACC